UUCUAGUAACGCCGGUCAUCAGACGGACACACGCAGGUUUUCCGUAAGAAAGGUCGGCGUGUCCCCAGCUCCUCAGUGGAGGGCUCUUUACUUGGUUUUAAGAUGAUGUCCCUUGCUGCCCGUUGCGGGGCUUUUUCCCCGUACUUGCAGGGCACCAAACAUGCGGUGAAAGGCGUGGUGUUCCCCGGAGCCGUGAAGGAUGCGGUGCCCGCUGCCGCUCCUGGAGGAAUCCGCCUCGCCCACACAGACAUCAAGGUUCCUGAUUUUUCAGACUACCGCCGCCCAGAGGUGCAGGACCCGAACAAGUCUUCUCAGGAGAGCAGCGAGGCCAGGAGAGCCUUCUCCUACCUGGUCACUGGAGCGACCACGGUGGUGGGCGUCUAUGCAGCCAAGACCGUGGUCACCCAGUUCGUCUCGUCCAUGAGCGCAUCCGCUGACGUCCUGGCCUUAUCUAAGAUUGAAAUCAAGCUGGGCGACAUCCCCGAGGGCAAAAACAUGACCUUCAAGUGGAGAGGAAAGCCCCUGUUCGUCCGCCACCGCACAGAGAAGGAAAUCGCCACGGAGGCGGCUGUGAAUAUGGCAGAGCUCCGCGACCCCCAGCACGACAAGGACCGGGUGGUGAACCCCAGCUGGGUCAUCGUCCUCGGCGUGUGCACCCAUCUGGGUUGUGUGCCCAUUGCGAACGCUGGAGACUUCGGAGGCUACUACUGUCCCUGCCACGGCUCCCACUACGAUGCUUCGGGCAGAAUCAGAAAGGGACCCGCCCCUCUCAACCUGGAGGUGCCCUACUAUGAAUUCCCUGAUGAGGAGACAGUCGUGGUGGGCUAGAUCCAGGAGCUCUACCUCAGUCCUUCACUGUAGUAUGUAUUUAUGAGUGGCUCUGUCUGAGAACUGUGAGGUGAAUGGGGGAAAAAUCUCUAUUUACUAAUAAAGUAUGAUUUUAAACUGUU